ACUCUGAGAGUUCUGAUUCUGAAGGAAGGAGAUUUUGUUCAUUUCAGAAGUGGACUUUUUGUCGGUGGUUUAUUUCGUAUAUUUUUCUCCGUGGUUUUGACAAUUUGUUUCAUUUUCGUCUCUCUUCUCUCUCUCUUGUUCUCGUCUUUCCUCUGCUCUCUCUUUAUUUUUCUUACGCUGUUUACUCUUGUCUUUUUCUUUUUCUUCUUGUGUCUUGUGAAUUGUCUCCCUUCACUUGAGCUCUUUUUUUCUUAUUUUCUCUUGUGUUUCUCCAAAUAUCACAACCUUAAAUUCCUAAAUCAUCAUCAAUUUUGUCAUCAUUAUCUUUCGUCAAAGAUGGGAGAAGCAAUCAGAGGUCAGAUUUUCGAGGUUGCACCUCGUUAUUUAGACUUACAAUAUAUUGGUGAGGGAGCUUAUGGUAUGGUUGUCUCUGCAACGGACACGAUAACAAAGCACAAGGUCGCUAUAAAAAAGAUCAGUCCAUUCGAGCAUCAAACUUAUUGUCAACGGACUUUACGGGAAAUCAAGAUAUUAACUCGCUUCAGACACGAAAAUAUAAUUGAUAUUCGCGAUAUUAUCAGAGCGCCAACAAUUGACCAGAUGAAAGAUGUUUACAUUGUACAAUGUCUAAUGGAAACUGAUUUGUAUAAAUUAUUGAAAACCCAGAGAUUAAGUAAUGACCAUAUAUGCUACUUCCUGUACCAAAUACUCCGUGGGUUGAAAUACAUUCAUUCUGCUAACGUUCUGCAUCGUGACCUAAAGCCAAGCAAUUUGCUUUUAAAUACUACAUGUGAUCUCAAGAUUUGUGAUUUUGGCCUGGCUCGUGUAGCCGAUCCCGAGCACGAUCAUACAGGGUUCCUAACCGAGUAUGUUGCUACUCGUUGGUAUCGAGCACCAGAAAUUAUGCUUAACAGUAAAGGAUAUACUAAAUCAAUUGACAUUUGGUCUGUUGGUUGUAUUCUCGCCGAAAUGAUUUCUAACCGACCCAUUUUUCCUGGUAAACAUUAUUUGGAUCAGUUGAAUCAUAUACUCAGUAUAUUAGGAUCACCCUCUCAAGAAGAUCUGAACUGUAUCAUUAAUGAUAAAGCUCGAAGCUAUUUACAAUCAUUACCGCACAAAGAAAAAGUACCAUUUUCCCAAUUGUAUGAAAAUGCCGAUGAUAAAGCUCUUGAUCUUCUUGACAAAAUGUUGACAUUCAAUCCAAACAAAAGAAUCACCGUAGAACAAGCUUUGGCCCACCCUUACCUUGAACAAUAUUAUGAUCCUGGAGAUGAGCCAAUUGCUGAUGAGCCUUUUCGAUUUGAAAUGGAAUUGGAUGAUCUACCCAAAGAGCGUCUGAAAGAAUUAGUUUUUGCAGAGACUCAACAUUUCAAGUCAAAUUUGACUGGCAAUCAGAAUUGGACCACAAAUUGAUUGUCCAUCAAAAAGGAAUGGUCAUUAUCUUUUUUCUGGUCCUUCUCUCUCUCUCUCUUUCUCUCUUUCUCUCUCUCUCUCUUCUCUCUCUCUCUCUCUCUCUCUCUCUCUCUCUCUCUCUCUCUCUCUCUCUCCAUAUCUUUUUCUCUCAGAUUCACUCCACCUCAUUCCAAAUAUAAACUAAUGAUAAACAAAUAAAAUGAAAUUUUUUUAAUCUGAACAAAAA